CCUCUCCUGCAGAGAGGAACUGGGCGCUGCACAAGCGCAUCCACGAGAAGCGCCGCAAUGACUUAGACUUCACGAAGCUAACCGAAAUGGUGGAGAUGUGCGCGAACAAGAAGCUUCUGACAUGUAGAGCGAGGAGGAGGAGACUUCUUCUGCCGUGGGGUGAUCUGGAGGAGUGGUUGGACGAUGUCCCGGAGCCACGACGUUCAGGCACUCUGCCGCCGGGGUCGCUGACAGACGCGGAGAUCAGACGGCAGGCGCGCAAGAUGCAGCGUGCCUCGACGGUCCGCCACCCGCCUUCGGUCGAGAGUGUGUUUGGUCGUCACGCGGCUCAUAUCGAGCUGUACGACGAGGAGAUUGAGUACGAGCCGCCCGUCGACCCACAGGCUGCGGACGAGAUGGAGGCUGAGGCAUGGACGGACCCAGAGGAGUUGGAGCAAGAGGGCAGUGACGCGCCUGAGGGUGGUGAGGACGGGGAUGUCGUCGAUGAUGAGGACUCCGAUGACGAGUACAUGUUGGAGGAGAGGACCCCGAUGGAGCGGCCUUGCAGGGGACGGAGUGCAGCGGCGACGGUGGGGCAGUUGAUGGCACAGCGGGUGACGCUGGCCUUCACUCCUACUGCAGGCGCAGCGGGCGUGGACGUCGGCGGCCUGCAGGGAUAUGGUUUGGAUCGGCUUGCGUUGGAGCGGGACACGACCAGGGCGAGGGAGAUGGGAUGUGUCGUGGAGGCGGUCACUGCCGUGAGAUUAGCAGCGGAGUCUGGACACGCCAGUUGUGCGACGGGGACGGUCGAUGGCCACGACGGGGAUGACGACGGCACCAGGGUGGGGUUGGAUGACACAUUUGGCGAUGGGAUCGCAUGGCGCCGUGAUGACGACGUCGCGACGAGGGGGACGGGGGCGACGUUGCUGUCACGGCUUGGGGGGUUGCCUAUGUGCGAUGGCACCGAGGAGGACCGACAGCUGGAUGUAGCACAUGUCGCGUUGACAGAUGCUGUACCACAUCGCUUUGGGGUGGAGGAUGCUGUACCAGAUCGCACUGAGGAGGACAUGGACCCGGAUGGAGCAGUUAGCACCGCCACCGCCCCCGUUGAUGCACCAACGGUCACCAUGUCUGCACUGGAGCACCACGCUGCCAGGAUAGAUCCAGUGAUGGGUAGGAGCAGGCAUAUAUCGGAGCGGCUAUGGAAUGUCGUGCCUCCGUUUUUUGUACUCCCUAUGAGUUCGUCAGUGCCCUCCGGUGUAUCGGGGAAUGCUGCGAGGUGAAUGGAGAUGGCAGACCUGUUCGAGCAAUUGACAGGUCAGAGAGUCAUCAAGCCGGCGUAACUCCUGACAAUU